AUGGGUAUCCGCCGCCGGGGCACUACAACGAGUUUUCGGCCACGAAACAGAUCUCUGGUCCGAAGGGCCACUGGAACGAGUUAUGGAAAUGAGGAACCUUUUAGUCUUGCUGGACCACAAGAUGUUGUCGCCGUCGCCCACCAACAUGUGCCUUACGUGGACCCAGGAUAUGCUCAACUGAACCCGGCAUACACCCAACCUAUGCAUUCCAAGCCGGUAUGGUCGUUGGCAAAGCCCUUGCCUAGGGUUGUGAGACCUGGCAUGGUGCCCACAGCUAGCGAGAUCAACACCAUCAACCAGCAAGUGGAUAAUUCUGAGAUCACUGAGGGCGAUGUCGAACAAGGACCGGAACCCACACUUCGUCUUGGACGCGUAUCUGACAAACUUCAAGCUGUUCGAGCAGAACGAGAACGCCGGUUCGUGGAAGGCCGAUCUGGAUCUAAGAGGGUUGGAAGGUCUAGAGCAGAUUCUUCAUCCUCAAUGCACUCGCAACCCCAACCCCUUCGUCCUGAGACCAGUGCUCAACAAGGCAGUACUAAUGUCGAUGUCCUGCCCGAUGUGGCCGAAGAACAAGAACCUGGCGACCAUGAGCAAUUCCCGGAGUAUGACGAAACCUUCGACCCUGCUCAAGCUUACCGUCCAGCCUACCGCCCGACCUACGAGUUUGAUGACAGCUUUUCUGCACAGACAGCCCUGGAUAAUGCUCCUGAUGAUGAUGAUCUCACCCUUACCAACGACAACGCCCUCGAAGAUGAAGUUUACAAUGCUCAUACCCAUUGGAGUGUUGUCCGCCACCGCUUCCGUCAAGAACUUGCAGAGUUCCUUGCUGUCAUCGUCCAAUUGACCUUAGGUUUCUGCGCCGACUUAUCCAUCACCCUUGGAGGCGAGGCGGCAAACAACGCCAUCUUCGGCGAUCUAGCCUGGGGCUUUUCUACCAUGAUCGGGAUUUAUAUUGCUGGAGGUCCUUCAGGUGCUCAUCUCAACCCCGUCAUCACAAUUGUCCUGUAUAUUUUCCGCGGCUUCCCUAAACGACAAAUCGGAGGUUACAUUCUUGCUCAACUACUCGGCGCUUUCAUCUCUGGGUUUAUCGCAUAUGGCAUUUUCUCGACGCAGAUCCACGCUUAUCUCGCUUCUCCUGCCGAUGGACUUACGGAGAGGGAAGCUACUAUGAACAUUCUUAACGCCUUCCUCACUGGUUUGCGCAAUGACAAUGUCAAUCUAGUGACUGGCUACUUUACCGAGUUCGUGGCCACGGCGUUCCUGGCACUUGUUGUUCUUGCCCUCGGUGAUGACACAAACACACCUCCUGGUGCUGGCAUGACAGCUCUCAUCCUCGGCUUCGUAAUUUGUAUCUUGCUGCAGGCAUUCGGCAGUACCACUGGAGCAGCAUUAAACUCUACCCGUGAUUUGGGACCAAGAUUGGCUCUCUACGCUUUAGGCUUCAACCCAUCGUUGGUCUGGAAAGACAACUGGUGGCUCUGGGGUCCUUGGCUGGCGUGCAUCCCCGGCGGCAUCGUCGGUGCCACAUUAUACGAUAUUUGCAUCUUUACUGGUGGAGAGAGUCCUAUCAAUUACCCCAGAAAGAGAGUUUGGAGAGCUGGACACAAAGCAAAGAAGAAGUGGGCUAGAAGACUUAGGCCUUGGAAGAAGGGCAAGGGCAAACAAGCCAAGGAGGAGCAAGCACAAGAGGCAGGGCAACAGAAACCGUAG